AGUAUGACAUGUAGGUGUGCUGCACAGGCUUGUCAUUUGGCUUUUGGAUGCAUCAGUUCCAAUGAGCUGUCUACAGAUGCUUUGAGUGAAGAAAAUGUCGUUUCCUCUAUAUCAGUUGAUACAACUAAUGAACAAGAAAAUAUAAGAAAACCAGUGAUACCAAAAGAAGGAUCAUCAUCAACACUCCAUCUUUUGGUCACAGACAACAUUAUAUCAAAUGUCACAAAAGCAGAUAGCGCGAUUGGCUUUUUCUCUACUAUAGCCCUCCAGAAAAUACAUUUGACCGACAAUUUCUCUCAUGAAAAGAAACCGUAUGAUGCCUUCAAGUUUGCAAUAGAUAUUGGUGUGGCAUCGCUACUACUUUUAUUCUUCCUUGUGGUGUGCGCGUACUUUAUGAGAAAGGUAGUAAAAUGCUUGAGAUCUAAGAAGAACCAAUCAUCUCAACCAAGAAAGCCAAUUAGGGAAUCCGGUCAUUAUCAGAGUUUAGAGUCUGUUCCGCUCAUUAAUGCUAAUGAUGUUCUGUUUGAGGGUCUAGCUGAAGUAAAAAUUCAGUUCAAUCACGAGAGGAAAAACUAUACUGUCGAAUUUGAAACAAAAAGUGAAGUUAAAGAAGGAAGACCCGAAGAAGGAAGCAAGGAAUGUUGCUCACAUACAGGGAAUUUAACUAGUAUGGUGAAGGAUUGCAGAAAUCAUGUGACCGUUGAAAAUAAAAAGGCUAUAAUGCUGGUUCAAGGAAAUAUUGAAAAACAAUCGCCUCUCAUUGCUAAAACCGAUUAUAUUGAAAUGAAAUCAAAUAAUCGAGAAGGCGACAAUGGUGACCCGUAUCUGAGUGUUGUUCAAAAUGAUAAAUAGAAUCGGUG